AUGGAUCCCGUCGACGAAGCAGAUAUUUGCCGCGUGUGUCGCUCUGAAGGGAGCCCAGACAAGCCCCUGUACCAUCCAUGUGUCUGUACUGGCAGUAUUAAGUUCAUCCACCAAGAAUGUUUAGUCCAGUGGCUGAAGCAUAGCAGAAAGGAGUACUGUGAAUUAUGCAAACACAGAUUUGCAUUCACUCCUAUCUACUCUCCAGACAUGCCCUCCCGUUUGCCCAUCCAGGACAUUUGUGCUGGUCUCCUCACCAGUGUGGGCACAGCCAUCCGCUACUGGUUCCAUUACACACUGGUGGCGUUCGCAUGGCUCGGGGUCGUUCCGCUCACUGCAUGUCGCAUCUACAAGUGUCUAUUUACUGGCUCUGUGAGCUCACUUUUAACACUUCCUUUGGACAUGCUCUCAACUGAAAACCUGCUUGCAGACUGCUUACAGGGCUGCUUUGUGGUCACUUGCACCUUGUGUGCAUUUAUCAGCCUGGUGUGGCUCAGAGAGCAGAUAGUUCAUGGUGGUGCACCUCAGUGGUUGGAGCAGCACCAACCUCCACCACCAAAUGCAGCUGGACAAGCAAACGAGGCACCAGCAGCAGCCGCAGCUGAUGAGCCUCCCGCUCCACAGCCGGCCCCCGCUGAACCUCCAGCUCCCAAUGAGGCUGAGCCGGAGCCCCCUGAUGCACCCCCUGACCAGGGAGAAGACCCUGAGCUGGAGGAGGAGGGAGCAGCUGCAGAGGAUCCAGAUGCCAACAAUGGAGCGCAGGAUGACAUGAACUGGAAUGCUUUGGAGUGGGACAGAGCAGCAGAGGAGCUAACCUGGGAAAGGAUGCUUGGUCUUGAUGGAUCUUUGGUAUUUUUGGAGCACGUGUUUUGGGUCGUUUCGCUCAACACACUUUUCAUCUUAGUAUUUGCAUUCUGUCCCUACCACAUCGGACACUUUUCAGUUGUUGGUCUUGGUUUUGAAGAAUAUGUUCAAGCCUCUCAUUUUGAGGGAUUAAUUACAACCAUUGUGGGAUACAUCUUGCUUGCUAUGACCCUGAUCCUCUGUCAUGGACUCGCAGCUCUGGUCAGAUUUCAACGUUCACGACGUCUUCUUGGAGUCUGCUACAUUGUUGUUAAGGUGUCUCUAUUGGUGGUUGUUGAAAUAGGAGUGUUUCCGCUCAUCUGUGGCUGGUGGCUCGACAUCUGUUCUCUGGAGAUGUUUGACGCUUCGCUCAAAGACAGAGAGUUGAGUUUUAAAUCGGCACCUGGCACCACUAUGUUUCUCCAUUGGCUCGUGGGAAUGGUCUAUGUAUUCUAUUUUGCUUCAUUUAUCCUCCUUCUGAGAGAGGUUUUAAGGCCUGGAGUGCUGUGGUUUUUGAGAAAUCUCAAUGACCCAGAUUUUAAUCCAGUUCAGGAAAUGAUUCACUUGCCCAUCUACAGACAUCUGAGGCGUUUCAUUUUGUCUGUGGUUGUAUUUGGGUCUAUUGUUCUGCUCAUGCUAUGGCUUCCCAUCAGACUGAUCAAACUACUGCUGCCUACUUUCCUCCCGUACAAUGUCAUGCUCUACAGUGAUGCUCCAGUCAGUGAGUUGUCGCUGGAGCUCUUGUUGCUUCAGGUGGUGCUGCCCGCUCUGUUGGAGCAGGGUCACACGCGGCAAUGGCUCAAAGGCCUGGUCAGAGCGUGGACCGUGAGCGCUGGAUAUCUGCUGGACCUUCAUUCAUACCUCCUCGGAGAGCAGGAAGACACCGAUGCCAACCAGCCCGUCAACAACAAUAACAACAAUAACCCCGCUGCCCCCGGACACAAUAACAACAAUAAUCCAGGUCCAGCGGUUGGGGAGGGGCUGCAUGCGGCCCACCAGGCUAUCCUUCAACAGGGAGGACCAGUAGGCUUUCAACCGUACCACCGGCCUCUUCGCUUUCCAUUCAGAAUUGUUUUGCUGAUUGCCUUCAUGUGCAUCACACUGCUGGUGGCUAGUCUCGUCUGCCUGACACUACCAGUGUUCGCCGGUCGUUGGUUAAUGUCUUUCUGGACUGGAAGCUCCAAAAUCCACGAGCUGUACACUGCAGCCUGUGGCCUUUAUGUGUGCUGGCUGUCUAUUCGAGGAGUCACUGUGAUGCUGGCAUGGAUGCCUCAGGGACGAAUGGUCAUUAUGCAUAAAGUCCAGGAGUGGACAUUUAUGAUUCUGAAGACCCUGGUUGUGGCCGUGCUGGUUGCGGGAGUGAUUCCUUUGCUGCUUGGGCUGCUGUUUGAACUGGUCAUCGUUGCUCCUCUGAGAGUCCCAUUAGACCAAACGCCUCUUUUCUACCCCUGGCAGGACUGGGCUCUUGGAGUUCUUCAUGCCAAAAUUAUUGCUGCAAUCACACUAAUGGGUCCUCAGUGGUGGUUGAAGACUGUUAUUGAGCAGGUUUAUGCGAACGGUAUCCGCAAUAUUGAUCUCCAGUUUAUCAUCGGUAAACUGGCUGCUCCUGUCAUCUCCGUUCUGCUGCUGUCCUUGUGUGUGCCCUAUGUAAUCGCUGCGGGAGUGGUACCUGCUGUAGGAGUGACCCCAGAGAUGGAGAUCCUGAUGCAGAGGAGGAUAUACCCUUUCCUGCUGAUGGUGGUUUCACUCAUCGGUAUCCUCUCCUUCCAGAUCCGACAGUUUAAACGGCUUUACGAACAUAUAAAAAAUGACAAAUACCUGGUUGGACAAAGACUUGUAAACUAUGAACGAAAGACUGGAAGGCCAAGCUCAGUUCAUACCUCUAAUCCAUGUGCCUUUGUGACGUGUCGCUGGCCACGCCCUGUUCCUCACACAGACCAGAGAAAGAUGGCGCCUGCGCACGUCCUGAGAUGCUGUCAACGAGGGUUAGCGUGGAUACCUGUCAUAUUUAUUGCUCUGGUGGUCUGCUGGUCGUAUUAUGCGUAUGUGGUGCAGCUCUGUAUAUUUACCAUCUUAAACAUUGGAGAAAAGGUUGUCUACCUGAUCUUCUUCCACCUCUCAUUCAUAAUGUUUGUAUGGUCUUAUUGGAAGACCAUCUUCACCAAACCUGCAAACCCAUCCAAAGAGUUCUGCUUGCCCAAGGUGGAGAAAGAGCGUUAUGAGAAAGAGGAGCGCCCAGAUUCUCAACAGGAGAUCUUGUGGCGCGCUGCCUCCAUUCUUCCUGUUUACACACGUACAGGAGCAGGAGCGAUACGUUACUGCGACCGUUGCCAAGUUAUCAAACCUGAUAGAUGUCAUCAUUGCUCCGCAUGCGACAUGUGCGUGUUGAAAAUGGAUCACCAUUGUCCCUGGGUAAACAACUGCGUCGGCUUCUCCAACUACAAGUUCUUCAUCCUCUUCUUGGCAUACUCGCUGAUGUACUGUUUGUUUAUUGCUGCCACUGUCCUACAAUAUUUCAUUAAAUUUUGGACUAAUGAGCUGCCAGACACGGCGACACAUGCCAAAUUCCACGUGUUAUUUCUUUUUUUCGUGGCUGCCAUGUUCUGCAUCAGUAUUUUGUCCCUCUUCAGCUACCACCUGUGGCUUGUGGGGAAGAACAGAUCAACAAUAGAGGCAUUUAGAGCGCCCGUCUUUAGGACCGGCUCCGAUAAAAAUGGCUUCUCUCUUGGUUUCCGAAAGAACAUUGCUCAAGUCUUUGGGGAUCAAAAGAAAUACUGGCUGCUACCUGUAUUCACAAGUCAGGGAGAUGGUUUGACGUUCCCUACGCGGCUAGUGAACGCUGAUGUAGAGCAAGCCGCAGUCACCAUGCACCCAGAGCCCAAUAAAAUUAUCACCGCUACCAGCUAUCCAACAACUCUCCCAAAUCAGAGAGUGAAACCAUUACCGUCACUAUGGAGAGCGAGUCCUAACCAGGAUGAACUCCUACGUCUGAUGAUGCCUUAA